AUGAGGGCUAACUCCUUGAAGUUGCCUAUCAAUGCGAACGGUAGAGUGUGUCUUGAGCUGCUCCUCAUAGAGUCAUCGCGAACACUUUGCACAUCAGGGCGUCGUCUGCCUAGGAUCAUGGCGCUUUUGAAGUGCCUCAGAUGGCUCUCAGGGUCAGAGUCCCCCUUGAACGAAGUGAUGGAUGGCAUUGUGAACCGCUUCGGCAGUGGAGCUCAUUCCACCUCGUCAGUAAAGGGCGAGCAGUCAACUCGAUCAAUUUCCUUGCGUAGGGCCUCAUCCGUGCUUCCUUUAAGUUGA